CUUUCUCCCCCAUCCUCGUCGGAAUUCCCAAACCAGACAAGAAGAAAAUAGUUUACUUAUUCAUUUUUUUACGUGGAACCAUCAAUGUCAUCCAUAGAAACUUACCUUUGCCUUCCCCAUCUGUAGCAAACCCUCCCUUCCCGUCCCUUCCGAAUGAUUACUUUUGUUUGUUGAAUUCUAUUGAAUUUUCAUUCUGGGUAUCGGCGUUGGCAUUGGGCAUUGCAUAAUGAUGGAUCCACACACAAGUGAAGGAGGCACCCUUUGAAGAAGAAGAAGAUUUUUGAGCACAUCUCCAACCCCUUCAUUGCAAAAAUGAUGCAGGAAUUGUCAACCAUUGAUGAUCUACCUGCAAGUAAUGUGGAACUCAAACCGGAAAAGAUUGAAGACGGGAAGGAUGGAGGUCCUUCGUUUCAUUGUGAUCUUUACGACACAGAAUUAGUUUACAAGAUAGCUCAAGUGUUCAUCCCUGGAUUAGCUACAGCUUGUGUUGACAACACAUCUGGUGAUAUCUUCAGGACUGCUGGUUCAGUGGCCGCUGAUCUCAGAAAGGAAAUGGUGGAGUACAUUACUCAGAGAAGCGAAAAUUUUGUAGCGGAGUCUGUUAUCUUAGAAGGUGGGACUGAUGCACAAGUCUCUGAUCAUCCGUAUGACAUCAUUUCUGAUUUUGUUGAUGACUUUGCAAGUUCCAAGAGAAAUCUGUUUAGUCGGGUUACAGGAUGGCUGCUAAGUGAAAAAAGAGAAGAUAAUAUAGAUGAUUUCGUUCAAGAGAUGGAAAUAAACGGGUUUUGGUUGAUUGAUAAAAGAGAAGCAAUAGCACAGACUCUGCUUAAGAAUGUCGACUUCAAGAAUGAACAUCACUGCAACAUGAAGUUUAACUCUUCAGAAGCGCUUGCCGAGCAUGCUUCAAGCUGCAGUUUUAGGUCUAUGACUUGCACAAAUGAAGGUUGUACUAUUGUAUUUUGUGCCAGUCACAUGGAGAAACAUGAUUCAAUUUGCCCGUUCAAGAUAAUUCCAUGUGAACAAAACUGCUCCAGUACCAUCAUGAGACGCGAGAUGGACAGACAUUGUAUUACUGUCUGUCCAAUGAAGCUUGUUAGUUGUCCUUUCUAUGCAGUGGGUUGUCAAUCUCCUGUACCACACUGUAAAGUUGAGCAACAUCGUUCGGAUGAUCUCCAUUCUCACUUGCUUUUCAUUCUUCAAACUAUCCACAAGGAAGCAUCUGCGGAGGAUCUAAAGAAACGGGUGGAGCAAGUAGAAAGUCAAUUAGCAGAUGCUCGAGAUGUGAGAUCGUUAACAUCUGCAGUCAAGGGUACUGAAGAGAAACUUGGUCCAAUGGAAGUGAGCAGCAAGCACCCAGAGGAUGUUGAAGCAAAACCAGGACCAGUAGAAUUGAACGGCAAACAUCCAGAGGAUGUUGAAGCAAAAUUAGGGCCAACGGAAGUGACCAGCAAACCCACCGAGGAUCUUGAAGCAAAACUUCAGCCGCAGGAAGUGAGCAAAAGAACCCCAGAGGCUGUUGAAACAAAACUAGGGCCAAAGGAAGUAAGCCUGCAAACCCCCAGAGGAUCGCCAAAUGAAGUGAGCAGCCAACCACGAGAGGAUCUUGAAACAAACCAAGGGUCAAAGGAAGUGAGCAGAAAAACCUCAGAGGAUCCUGAAGCAAAGCUUAGGACAAAGGAACCGAGCAGAAAAUCCCCUGAGAAUGUUGAAAAAAAACUAGCGCCAAAGGAAGUGGACGGCAAACCCCCAGAGGAUCAUGAAGCAAAAAUUGGGACAAAUGAAGUGAGCAGCCAACCCCGAGAGGACUGUGAAACAAGCCAAGGGUCAAAGGAAGUGAGCAGCAAACCCCCAGAGAAUCCUGAAGCAAAGCUUGGGUCAAAGGAACUGAGCAGAAAAUCCCCGAAGGAUGUUGAAAAAAAACUUGCGCCAAAGGAAGUGGACAGCACACCACCAGAGGAUCACGAACCAAAAACCAGGACAAAGGAUGUGGACAAUGAAUCCCUGAAGGAUAUUGAAGCAAAACGUGGGCCAAAGGAAGUGAACAACGAAUCCCCGAAGGAUAUUGAAGCAAAAGUAAGGCCAAAGGAAGCGAGCAGCAAAGACUCAAAGGAUUUUGAAGCAAAAGUAACUCCUAGUGAAAGCAGCAGCAAAUCCCCAGAGGCUCUUGAAGCAAAACUGGGGCCAACAGAAGUGAAUGACAAACACAAGGAUAGUGAAGAGAGUAGGGAAACCUCAACUUCGAAAAAUGUCUUGGAGGAAGCUGAAACAUAA